AUGUCUGAAAGUAAAUUGACAAAGAAUCAACUUUUGGUAAAAAUUGAUCAAUUAAAAGCAUCUCUCGAAGAACAAAAACGAGAAAAUAAUGCUACGAAAGAAAAUCAUGUUAAUGAAGUCAGUCUUUACAAAGAAUUGAUCGCUGCAAAAAAUAAUGAAAUUGCAAAUUUGAUGUCUAUGAUCAAGAAACAUGAAAAAGAAAUUGAACGAAUUGAUAAUAUGUACAAAAAACAUGA